UACUUUAUGUCUGCGUUCUAAAUAUACGAUACAUAAAAUCGAUUUAUUUUAGCCUAAUUCCUAAAAUUAUAACAUAUCCAUGAAUUAGUCAAUUAUUACGAUAAUAUUUAAUAUCAAAACGUUUUCGUAAAGAUUUUAAAUACGACAUUCGUACAUUUUUAUAUAAAGUUUGGAAUUUUAUUGAAAAGGAAAAAGAAAAAGAAAGAAAGGAAGGAAGAAAGAAAGAACGAACGAAAAGAUAUUAUUUUCCCGCCCGCCUACGCGCUUAAAAAUUAUCCUCCUCGAUGUCUUCUUACAAUACAAGUGACGUCUCUGGUUAUACACGUGCGCAGAAGUUAAUUCAUGGAUUAAACACGAUAAUAUCUUCUACAAUAGUCUUAAAGUAGAUUAUUGUUCAUUAUUUCUAUUGAAUGUGUUAUGUGGAGGAUAUUAAGAAAGCAUUAUGGAACAAGAAGAGAUGUUAACGUAUCAGGUAAUUAAUACCAUUGAACGUAAGACUUGUGAAAAUGAUGAUAUUGAGAAUUCUGACGAAAGUGAUAGACCAUCGGGUGAGAGAUGGGCUCCCGUUGGGGCUAAUGACGGGGACAAUGACUUUGGUGACGAAUAUAAAUACGUUGAUAGUAUAGGAAACCUUUCAAACGACAUGGAAAGAUUAAAGAUUUUAGAAGAGGAACAGGAGAUGCUCAAUUCGUCUCUCAUAGCAUUGACUACACAUUUUGCACAAGUACAAUUUCGUCUACGACAAAUUGUAGACGCACCGACUAACGAAAAGGAGACAUUGCUUAAAGAAUUGGAAGAGUUUGCUUUUAGAGGUAUACCUGAUGUACCAAAUAAUUUAUUAUUUGAAAGCAGAUCUAUUACACCUAUUUCUCCAACGUCUUGUAAAGAUAAUCAGAUUGGAAGCAUGGUUAAUGACAUAGAUAUGGAAUCUAAAAUGGCAUUACAGAGAACUAAACAAAGGGAAUUAAUUAGUCAGUUAAAAUCACAAUUGGAAGAUUUAGAAAAGUAUGCGUACGAAAUGGGUGAUGCAGAUUUACCGCAAAGCGUUGUCUUAGAACGUCAAAGUAUAAUAAUCAAUCACUUGAAGGAAAAAUUAAAUUUCAAUGUAGACGAUUUAUGUAAGUUACCAGUAGAUGAUUUAAGGUGGCAAGUUGAUUAUGCAAUAAGUCAAAUAGUUAGCCCUUUGAAGAUGAAAGAACAAUUGGUGUCACAAUUGAAAACACAAAUUGCUGAUUUAGAACGUUUUAUAAAUUAUCUUCAAGGAGAAGUGAGUACGGAAACGUUGGCAUGCACAUGCGCUUGUCCGGUACAUACAAAUGGUUCUGGCUCAUUUAAUCAUACUAAAAGAUUUGGGAAAAGGGCAAUAGAUAACGAAAGUAAAACUAAAACAUUGAAUACUGUUAAAAAGGUCGUAACACUCUUACAUAUGUUUAUAAUAUCACAAUUGGGAUGUGGUAGCGAGCGGGUACGAAGAAAUUUGAAUAAAAAUUCAAUAUAUAAUUGGCGUGAUUUAAGAACUAGAUUAGAUAUUGCAGUUGAGCACGUUUUAAGUACUAUAAUAGAAAACGAACAUCAGCUUGAGGAUGAUGACGUAGGUGGUGACGAAUACACAUCUGAUUCGGAUUCUGCAUCAACUCAUUGUAAUGCAAAACUAACAUCUGCCAUAAGGAAGCAUCUAGCAGCUUCCAUUAGAGAUUUGUUACAACAUGGUUUAAUGUCUGAUCUACGUUCUAACAGUGUAGUGCCAUUUAUGGGAUGUUUCCAUCAAAGAAGUCCUUCCUCUGCUAAUUUUAUGCAUGCUUGGGAACUUAUUUUAAAAUAUUACGAAAUAAAGAAUGGCCAUUAUUAUAAUUCCAGUCCGGCGCAAAAAUUAUCGCAAAGCUUUAAUUUAGAUCUUGUUGGCAAAGCUACAUCUGCCAAACAGAGUUUAUUAAUUACCAUAGGGAAUAUUAUUGCUUCGCAUAGCCCUUAUAAACGAAGCCGUGAUUCACAUUUUAAAGCAUUUAUAUGUGCAGCUUUAAAUGCAAAUAAGUUGGUGGUUUGGCUAAAGCUCAUUUUACAAUGCCAAUAUCUUUUAGAAUGUCAUUACACGUCAUGGAGUUAUGUGGUGAAAACAGGAUUUCAAGAUGCAUUUCAUACUCUCGACAAACUUACAAGAUAUAAGUUCGAUCUGCCAGUUGAUUUAGCUGUACGUCAAUUUCAAAAUAUAAAGGACGCAUUUUGAUUGAUGGAAAAUAAAGUUACAUCGAUUAUGAUCCUUGUAUAAAAAUAUUAUAAUUAUUAAUAAGAACAAAAGAAAAAAAAAAAAAAAAAAGAAACGUCAUGUGACAUUCCUCAUAUGAUAAGUACAAUUAUAGGUGAAAGAUAAUAUUAGUAGAGUUUACCAAUUCGAAUAAGUUACUAAAAUUUUUUAAUCUAAAAGUUAUUCCAAUAAUAAGUAUUAUCGUGGAUUCAUUUUUAAUCAGUAUUUUUUUUUUUUUUGGUUUUUUUUUUUUUUUUUUUUUUUCAUUAGUUCCUAUGUACUCGUAAAAGUUUAUCAUUUAUGAAGUCUGCAAUAAAUAUCGAAUAAUUUCUAUCUUAAGAUAUCAUUAUAAGAGAUAAUAUAUAUAUAUAUAUUAUCAAUAUUUAUUAUAUAUUAUUUAACACAUUCCUUUUUUUUUCUUUUUUUUUUUUUUCUAUUUAAUUAAUUAGUAAUAAUCUUUUCGAAAGAAAAUUACAUUUUAUUAUUAUCAAAAUAUAUGUUGUCACAAAUAUAUAAUUAAUCUGGAAAUGGAUGUAUACAAGUGCCUGUAUAUAUACAGAGCAAUCAUUAUAUACAGUGGCUUAUUACAAUACAUAUUUGCACGCAGUAAAGUCAAACAUAAUAUGGACUGAAUAAUACAAUUAUUAACAGAAAUUUAUCUUUCCAAAUACGUAUACGCAAUCGACAAUUUAAUACAUGCAUUUAGUAUAUUGCAUAUAUUAUUUGCACAAAGUAAGAACAAACAUAACAAAUAAAAGAAUAAGAACUUAAAAAAAAAUAAAUAAAUAAACACAAAAAAAAGAAGACAUUGCAAAUAAACGAUCAGU